UCGGUGCAUUUUUGAGCUUUCUGUCAUCUGUCUUCUACUUUCCCUUCCACCUUUGCUAUUAUUCAUCGCUCGAUCACCUGCAUAUGCUCAAACUACGUACCAGUAGUUGGCGGAUUCCAAAGAUGUUAAUUCGUAGAUUGCUUUCGCGACUCUCUCUGGUUUCCGAAACUAGAAGAAGAAGAUUCUCUAAGAAAAAAGAUGAUCUCCCAAACGAAGUUGUGGUCAACAUGGAAGAAGAAGAAGAAGCAAACGAAAUCCCAAGCGAAGCUGUGGUCAAAAUGCAAGUAGAAGAAGAAGAAGCAAAAGAAAUGUACUUAGCUUUGCUCCCAAGAGAAGUGGUGGUCGAGAUCCUCCUCAGACUUCCUGUGAAGUCACUGGUGAGGUUCAGGUGCGUUUGCAAGGACUGGUGUUCUCUAAUCUCCAGCAACACCUUCAUCGCCACCCACAACCACACCAACCGCCAUGACAACAAUAACAGCGGCCUACUUCUCUUUCGGUACGCAAAAACGAUUCUCAUUGAUACUGUAAUAUCUAGAGAAUUCGAGAACUUUAGUCUGCGCACUGAUGGUGGAUCAUUUGGUAAUAACAAUAACUUCAUCCAAUUGAAUUGCCCACUUAAACCACCUGCUUCUUGUCCUUGUUAUAGUUUUACCAACAUAGUGGGUUCGUGGAAUGGACUACUCUGCUUUGCUUACACUGAUCAUUAUCAGAGAAAUUACUAUUGCUAUAAUCUAUGGAACCCUUCCAUUCAUAGGGCUCUAAGCCUUCCAGAGCCUAACUUCACCCUCUCAUUACACGCCAUCUUCAACCAUUCCCAUGGAUUCGGCUAUGACCCCUCUACCAAUGAUAUUAAGCUGAUCAGGCUUGUGUAUCUUAGAGGGCGUGACUACAAGGUCAAGGUUCCACCGCUGGUCGAGAUCUAUACGCUUAACACUGGCUCCUGGCGAGCCAUUGCUGCACCUGCUCCAUCAUAUAUUGUCAAUGAGCGUUGCUUAUCCGUUUUUGUCAAUGGGGCAUCCCACUGGGUCGCGCAUACUCCUCCAGAAGAGGGCACUUUUCGCAAUAUGAUAGUGGCGUUUGAUAUGGUUGAUGAAGUUUUUCAUGAGAUUGCAGUGCCCGACCAUUUUGUUGGAAAGUUGUAUUUGAAUAUGACUGUUGCGGUGCUUGAUGGAUUACUUUGUCUUGUCCCCUUUAAUGAACGAAAGGAGGAACAGUCGUUUUCUAUAUGGAUCAUGAAAGAGUAUGGCAUUGGAGAAUCUUGGACUAAGCUAUUCAACAUUCAUAUCAGUCAAGGAUUAAAGAGGGUGGUAGCCUUCAGGAAAAAUGGUGAAGUUCUAGUUACCGACAGAAAAGGGGAGCUUCUUUCGUACGAACCACAUAUCAAACGAGUAACUCAGCUGGGAUUUUUACCCUUGCCCGAAGAAUUGGAAACUGGAACUAUGUAUUGGGAGAGCUCGUUUUAUUUGGAUAAAUACGUGGAGAGCCUCGUUCUACUAAAUGCAAAAAAUGGAGUCUCAGGAAGAUAACAUAGAAGUUGAUUUGCUGUCUUUGGUAAGCUUGCAAUUGGUUGGACCCGUUCAAGUUUUGACCUGUGUGUGAUCAUGCUUCGCAAGAGAAAAUUGUAAAGAGUGUUGAUAAUUACAAAUUGCUCGAGUUUGUUGUCCUGUGUCGAACUCUGCCUUGGAGGAAUAUGCUGAAGGCGUUUUGUCUGUUUGAGUUGAGGUAAAGUCUGAAUUGUAACAAUUAAGCCUGCUUUUGCAGGUUUGGCAACAAUACUAAAUAUAUGAGCCUCGGAAGUUAACGCUAUAUUAUCAGUUUGAUCUUGAUCUUUCUUUGAUUACCCUUCUUAAAUACUUCUCUCAUCUUCCUUUGUUUGUGUAAUAGGAACCCCUAGGAUUUGAAAUCCUAUUCUAUCAACUGAAAAUAAUUGAUGCAUUUUAGUGAUUUUGGGUGAUACUUUCUGAAAUUGUGGCAUUCACAACUUGUUGCCGCCAACAUGUUGAAAUUUGAUUUUUGAACUCUUCUAAUUGUCAUAUCCGUGUUAAUAUUAUGAAGUGCUUUAUUUCUUGACCUACAUCUUUGUAGAUUUUUUGUCCAUGUGUUUUAAUAUUUACAAAUACUCUGUGAUGUAGACAUCUUGUUAUUUUAUUUAGUUACCUAUUUGGGCUUUAUUUAUUUGGGUUAUAAUAAUGGGCUUCAAUUAUAGCCUUUAUUUAUUUUAGUUAUUUAAUUCGCUCAUAAACCUUCUAGGGUUUAAUUAGGGUUGCUAUUUUACUAUUUAAACACUGUUGA